GGAGCAGAAGACAGCAGAAGGAGCAGAUCUCUUACAUUCUCUCUGCAGCAACUGAAUGGAAGUCUCUCCAUCCUUACACAUGAAAAGAGCCCCAUAGUAGCCAAGAGAUCAGGGGGGACAAGAUGGCUUAUUUUUGGCUGAAGGGUUACUACUGGAUUUUAUUGGUUUUGACAAGAGAAGUCGUUGGAAGUCCUGGAGAUGGCAUACAAGUCUGGGAAAGACUGAGUCAAGUGAACCCUUUAAAUGAAAGUCAGCUUUUCACCUAUGGGACAUUUCCUCCUGGUUUUCUCUGGGGUGUAGGAUCUUCUUCAUUGCAGAUAGAAGAUGAUCACUCCAGUAGGGGACCUUCUGUGUGGGACCAGUUUAUGAAGACCCAACAGUCAUGGAAAGGCAUUCCUUCUAUGGACCAGCCUGCAGACAUCUCAGACAGUUUCUCUAGCAAAGAGAUGCCAGCUCUGGAUUUUUUAGGGGUGAAUUUUUACCAUUUCUCAAUUUCUUGGCCAAGACUGUUUCCACAAGGAAAUAGUGUCCCCAGUGAGCAGGGUGUGCGCUACUACAACAGCACCAUCAAUUUGCUGAUCAGGAAGGGCAUUCAACCGGUGAUCACCCUUUACCACUGGGACCUACCUGUGCCCAUACAGGAAAAUUAUGGGGGCUGGGAAAAUCAGAGUGUCAUCCAUCUGUUUAAUAACUAUGCCACAUUCUGCUUCCAAAAGUUUGGAGAUCGGGUCAAAUAUUGGAUUACCAUGCACAACCCUUACCUGAUCGCCUGGCAUGGGUAUGGCACAGGGAUACAUGCCCCUUGGAUUAGAAGAGACGAUGCUGCUGUGUCUGAAGUGGCACAUAACCUCAUCAAGGCUCAUGCUCUGGUCUGGCAUACCUAUGACACUCAUUUCCGCCCAUCUCAAAAGGGAUACCUGUCCGUGACAUUGGGCUCCCACUGGAUAGAACCUGAGAAAAGACAUAUUGACUCAUCAACCAUUAACAUGUGUCAAGAGUCCAUGGAUACCGUACUUGGACGCUUUGCAAAACCUAUUCAUAUUGAUGGGGACUACCCAGAAAGUUUGAAGAGAAAAUAUGGCUCCAACCUUCCUAGGUUUUCUGAGUCAGAAAAAGCUUCUGUUAAAGGGACAGCAGACUUUUUUGCAUUCUCCUUUGGACCCAAUAACUUUAAGAGAUCAAAUGAUUCCAACAAGUUGGUUCGCGCCUUGAUUCAUUUAAGGGGGGUGUUAAACUGGAUCAAGAUGGAAUAUAACAAUCCUCAAAUUCUUAUCAUGGAAAAUGGUUGGUUCUCAAAUAGCAACAUCCAAACUGAAGACACCACAACAGUCUACAUCAUGAAGAAGUUUAUCAAUGAUAUCCUACAGGCUGUCAAAUAUGACGACAUAAAGGUCUUUGGCUACACCGCCUGGUCCUUGAUGGACAGCUUUGAAUGGCAAGAAGGCUACAAAAUAAGACGUGGAUUGUUCUACGUAGAUUUCACCGACAAGAGCAAAGCAAUAGCCCCCAAAUCUUCUGCAUUAUAUUUCAAGCAAGUCAUCCAACAGAACGGUUUUCCAGAAGAGGCCCCAGAAGUAGCGAUCCGUGGACAGUUCCCAUGUGACUUCUCCUGGGGAAUAACAGACUCUGUGCUAAAGGCAGAGCUGGUCCCAUCAUCUCCUCAGUUUGUGGAUCGUAAAUUGUAUGUGUGGAACAUCACAGGUGACGGCAUCCUGCAUGCAAUCAAAGGAGUACAGCUAAAGACUCGAGCAGCCCAAUGUACUGACUUCAUCACCAUUAAAAAACAUCUAUCCCUACUGAAAAAUAUGAAAGUCACUAAUUAUAGGUUUUCUCUUAAUUGGUCUAUGAUUAUGCCAUUAGGUGACUUGUCCUCCGUUAACAGAGAAGUCCUGAGAUUCUAUCGUUGCAUGAUAACUGAGGCCUUUAAAGUUGGAAUCAAGACCAUGCUAACACUUUACUACCCAACACAUGGAUCUUUAAGUCUUCCUGGACCACUGUUAGGAAAUGGAGGCUGGUUAAACAAGACCAUUACUCAGGCUUUUAGUGACUAUGCUAAGCUGUGCUUUCAGGAAUUUGGUGAUUUGGUGAAAGACUGGAUCACCAUUAAUGAACCAAACCGCCUAAGCCAAUAUUACCAUAACAACAGUAGCAACGCCUACCAAGCAGUGCACAAUGCACUCAUAGCUCAUUCCAUAGCCUGGCAUUUGUAUGACAAGAUUUAUAGACCUCAUCAACAUGGUCAGAUAUCCUUGUCUUUGCAUACAGACUGGGCCGAGCCUGCAAAUCCCUUCCUACAUUCCCACGCCGAGGCUGCGGAUCGUUUCCUGCAGUUUGACAUUGCUUGGAUCGCUGAGCCAAUUUUCGGUUCGGGUGACUAUCCUACGCUCAUGAGGCAAUAUAUAACCACCAAAAACCAAAAGGGAAUGACUAAGUCUGUCUUGCCCUAUUUCACAGAGGAAGAGAAAAAAAUGGUGAAGGGUUCGGCAGAUUUUUUUGCCUUGAAUCAUUUCACCACCAGAUUGGUGAUUCACGAGCCAAAAAAUGAUAGCAGAUUUGAAGCCGAUCGAGACAUUCACUUUUUGUCCGAUGCAACCUGCCUGACAUCAUUUAACGGACUUGCAGUUGUACCGCAGGGGAUUAGACGACUUCUGAACUGGAUAAGGAAGAACUAUGGAGACAUUCCUAUGUACAUUACAGCAAAUGGAGUGGAUGACAAAGCGUCAGAAAGUGACGAACUUCGAAUAUAUUACCUACAGAAAUACAGCCAGCAGCUAUUACAAGCCUACCUACAAGAUAACAUCAACUUGAAGGGAUAUUAUGCAUUCAGACUGACUGAUAAAAGUAAACCACAAUAUGGAUUCUACAACUCCCCCAUUUACAACAUUAAAGCCAAGGCGUCAGUGAACGUGUACAGAGCAAUAAUCACCGCCAAUGGCCUUCCACUUGACCAAACUGGGAAUUCCUGCAAAAUGACGAAGGAGGAGGACUCGUGUUCGAUCUGUACGUUUCUAGAGGAGAAGAAACCUCUCAUCUUCUUCAGCUUCUGCCUGUUCUCCACCUCCACACUUUUAUUAACUGUUACAAUAGUCCGAAAGUACAAGCGAAAGAGGAGAAAACUGCACUCUGCCAAACACCAUCAUAAUGCCUGCUUUCUCAUUAAAAAGAAGGAUGGCUUUAGUCAAUGCUGAUCCCGAUUGCACCUUGAAUUGACUAUUUUCCCUUAGAUUCACUCCAUUUGUUCUCUGAAGUCAAAGAUGUAUAGACUGUUGCUAUUGCUGAGCACAUCUACAGGAGCUUCAUCCCUCCGACAUAUUUAUAUCUCUUGACUUGCUUUGCUGGCGCAGAAAACUGAUGUUCUCAUGAGAGGAACUUAUACAGGAAUUAAUUUAUAAACUUGAGAUUCUGAUGAACUAUAAAUUUUGCAUUAUUUAAAAUGAAAAAAACUACCUUUCCAGAAUAUUGGUAUUUGUUUGAAUUUCUCCUGACUUUUAAAAGAUUGGUAGCACUUUUUAUGAAAAUACUGUUAUGUAUGUAAUGAAAAUGCUGCGUGAAAAGAGGGGUUAUGCUCCUUCCUUAAGAGGUCUUGUAACCACUCUUGACAUGUCUUAGCAGCUACUUGUAUCCUCCCUGUAAUAACAAUUCUGGAACAUCUAUUCUUAUGACUCUAUGGUGUGCAAUUACUUUAUUAUUCCUUUUAGAAAUUGCGGACAAAUUAAUAGCAGUCUGUAAUAAGGGUCCAGAUGGGUGUUACCAGUUGGUAGUGUGUCCCUGCACUGUCUGACAAUGGCAGCACUGAUUAAAUGAUAUCAGACUGUGCAGGGAAACACACCCUACUGGUAAUACCCAGCUGGAUUUGGAAACCGCUAGCAUUUCAUUCAUAGCUUCUAUCAGUUAUAAUAAAGGAAUGGCACAUCAUAGAGUUAUGAGAAUAGAUGCUCCAGAAUUAUUAUAUGGGGAAUGCAAGUUGUUACUUAAAAGACAUGGGCCAAUGAUAAUGGUAACUAUCUGGAGGGAGGGUUUCUAGAAAUACUCGUUCAUGAAAAUUGCCCUGAGUAAAGGUGCUGCCUCUUGUUCAUUGGGUGAAAGCAUCACUGACACAGUCACCUAAAUUAUAAUUUUUGGGCAGCAGAUUGUGCUGUUUAGAUGACAAUCUGAUGGCCAGAAUCAAUGAUUCUCUAGGGGUACGAGCAAGAGCAGAAGCUCAGUAAUACACACAGUAGAGACCGCUCAUUCAUAGGAGAGAUUGCUGCAAGUAAAUGCAGUUCUCACCUCCUCUGACGAGCAGGCAAUUAUUGGAUUGAACGGUUCUUUCCCGAUAAUUGCCCUUGUGAAGGGGCUUCUACCUUCUACUUUGAUUAUAGGGUUAAAGGGGUUGUCUGAGAUAAUAAAAAAUUGAAGACAAGCCUAAAAUGGUUUAAAAAGAAAAAAAAAAUAAUAAUUUAUUCUCACCCCUUUCAAGAGUGCAGUUCUUUGCAGUGCUGGUCCGCUUCUCCUUGGUAAGCAAACAGAGGUGAUCACAUGUCUGGAUAGGGCACAUGAUGGCUGCAGCCAAUAAGUUUUUUUCAGUCAGCGUGUUGCUAGUGACACAUGAAAAGUCUUUCAUCAGCAAAUGAUCUAUUAACAUAAAUGCAGUUAACAAACACCAUCAGCGAUCAUUAAUGCGGCAGUCAUCGCAUGUAUAAGGAUGACCAAUCGUUAAUAUGAUUUUUUUCCCCAUAUGGUUUUCAUUUUUUGACAGCAUAUCCCCUUUUUACAGGGCGAUGUGCUGGCAACAAAUUAUGAUUUUUAUUUGCACAUAAAAGAAGUAAUAACCCAACAAAUAAAUGCUUGUUGGUUGUCAGGUGAGGUUUAUAUGGUACACUGUACCUUGUAUUACUUGUUCCCGAUCACUGGCCCAUAGUUUAAUAGAAAAUAAGUGGUCACUAGGUUUUGGUGCUGCUUAUCAUAUGGAAGACGGUAGAUUCAGACAAGUCACAGGUCAAGAAAGCUACAACCAAAAUUCCCAAAAAGUUGGACGCUGUGUAAAAUGUAAAUAAAAACAAAACGCAAUGAUCUGCAAAUCUCAUAAGCCCCUAUUUUACUCACAAUAGAUCAUAGAACACAUAUCAGAUGAUGAAAGUGAGACCUCUUACCAUUUCAUGAAGAAAAAAAAACUCACUUAGAACAUAAUGGCAGCAACGCAUCUCAAAAAUGUUGGGACAGGUCCGUGUCUACCAUUGUGUAGCAUCCCCUCUUCUUUCAACAACAGCCUGUAAACGUCUGUGAGGAGACCAUAUCCUGGAGUUUUGGGAGAAGAACGCUGUCCCAUUCUUGUCUGAUGUAGGAUUCUAGCUGCUAAACAGUCCUGGGUCUUCUUUGCAUGAAAUAUUUUCUAUUGGUGAAAGGCGUGGACUGCAGGCAGGCCAGUUCAGCAUCCGGACUACUCCUUUGCGAACCAUGCUGUUGUGAUGGAUGCAGUAUGUAGUUCAGCAUUGUCUUGCUAAAUAUGCAAGGCCUUCCCUGAAAGAGAUGUUGUCUGGAUGGGAACAUGUCGUUCUAAAACCUCUAUAUACUGUUCAGCAUUGAUAAUGCUUUUCCAGAUGAGUAAGCUGCCCAUGCCAUAGGCACAAAUGCAACCUCAUACCAUCAGAUAUACAGGCUUUUAAACUGUCUGCUGAUCUGGAUGGUCCCUCUUCUCUUGAGUCCACAGGACAUGGCGUUUGCGAAUUACAUUUUUUUUCUAUUUUUGUCUCAAUUUGUCCUUUUUAAUUGAGCUUUGACCCAUAGUGGUGUUUUUGGAUCGUGUUGACAUAUGACUUCUUCUUUCCAUGAUACAGCUUUAACUUGCAUUUGUCGGUUGCACGGCAAACUGUGUUCACAGACAAUGAUUUCUGGAAGUGUUCCAGAGCCCAUGUUCUGAUUUCCAGUACAGAAUCAAGCCUGUUUUUAAUGUAGUGCCCUCUGAGGGCCUGUAGAUUACUACCAUCCGAUAUUGACCGUCGGCCUUGUCCAUAUGAAUUUCUCCAGAUUUUCUGAAUCUUUUGAUGAUAUUAUGUAAUGUUGAUGGUGGGAUAUUCAAAGUCUUUGCAAUUUUAUAUUGACAAACAUUUUUCUGAAAUUUCUUCACAGUUUUUAGAUGCAGUUUUUCACAGAGGCAGAGGCCCAUCUGCUUCUCUGACAUUCUCAUUUAAUACCCAGUCAUGUGACUUAGUUGAAAAUUGGUACCAUUUACUUUUCCGGCUUUUUUGCCCCAUCCCAACUUUUUGGCCAUCAUGUUCUAAAUGAGUUAUUUCUUUAAUGAAAUAGUAAAAUGUCUCACUUUCAACGUCUGAUAUGUGUUCUCUGAUCUAUUAUGAAUAAAAAAAAAGGAUCUAUGAGAUUUGCAGAUCAUUGCACUCUGUUUUUAUCUACAUUUAUUUACAUUUUACACAGUCUCCCAACUUUUUUGGAAUUGGGGUUGAAAAUUACGACUAGCUUCCGACUCAGCGCAGUCUUGACAGAUGAACUGUUAGUAGUGUAUUUUUUGAGCAGUCUCCUUGCCUUCCAACUGGCUCUGGUUCAUCAGGUGAAAGCAUCAUUGAUGUAGUCACCUAAAUCACCAUUCCUGGCCAGCAGAUCAUCCUGUGUAAACCGAAAUGUGCUACCCAGAAAGAAUUAUUCUCUACGGGGAAGAGCAAUCACAGCAGCAAUCUCACAUCCCAAUAUAGCGGAGAUGAUUUCUGCAC